CGUCCCGAGGCGGCGACUAUCCCUGUCAACCGGAGCCUGAACGAUCAUGGCAACGGGCUCAGGCGGGGAGCGCGUGGCGGCGGCGGCGGCGGCAGUUUGGUCGCGGGUCGGGGCAGCGGAGCGGCGGCGGCGGCGGUGGCUGUGGCGCCGGCACCGGCCCUGAGCGCCAUGCAGCGCGGCAGCCCGGAGCGGGAGCUGGCGGUCGCGGCGGCGGCGGCGGCGGCGGAGGAGGAGGAGGAGCAGCAGCUGAGCGUGGACGCGGGCGCGGCCGGGGAGCCCGAGCGCCCGGCGCGGGAGGAGCAGCCCAAGGCCGCGUUCCCGGUCCCUGCGCGACCCCGGGCGGCCGAGGAAGGCGACGUCCAUGUCGCCCGGCGGCUGCCGCCCGCGCUGCCCCUGGCCCCGCCGAGGCCGGCGGCGCGGGCCCUGUGCCAGCUCGCGAAGGGCCGGGGCCGGAGCCGGAGCCGGGGCCGGGGCCGGUACCGGCGCGGCUCGGGUUCGCUGCGGCCGGUCACCGUGGACAGCUCCAAGGCGCGCACGUCCCUGGACGCGCUGAAGAUCAGCCUUCGGCAGCUCAGGUGGAAGGAGUUCCCAUUUGGCCGGCGCUUGCCUUGUGACAUCUACUGGCACGGAGUUUCAUUUCGCGACAGUGACAUACUCUCCGGUCAAGUGAACAAAUUUCCAGGCAUGACGGAGAUGGUGCGUAAAAUCACCCUGAGCAGAGCGUUGAGGAUCAUGCAGAACCUGUUUCCGGACGAGUACAACUUCUACCCUCGCUCGUGGAUUCUGCCUGAAGAGUUCCAGCUCUUUGUCACUGAGGUUCGGAUGGUGAAAGAUGGUGACCCGACCUGGAAGCCCACCUUUAUUGUGAAACCAGACAGCGGUUGUCAGGGCGAUGGAAUCUACCUCAUUAAAGAUCCCAAUGACAUCCGCAUGACUGGGACCCUCCAGAACAGGCCAGCAGUGGUCCAGGAGUACAUCUGUAAGCCUCUCCUUAUUGACAAGCUCAAGUUUGACAUCCGUCUGUACGUCCUGCUCAAGUCCUUGGACCCCUUAGAGAUUUAUAUAGCCAAAGAUGGACUCUCUAGAUUUUGUACAGAGCCAUAUCAUGAGCCGAAUCCCCAGAACCUGCAUCACGUCUUCAUGCACUUGACCAACUACUCGCUCAACAUCCACAGCGGCAAGUUCGUCCACUCUGACAGCGCCAGUACGGGCAGCAAGAGGACUUUCUCUAGCAUUCUCUGUAGACUCUCUUCCAAAGGCGUUGAUAUCAAGAAGGUCUGGUCUGACAUCAUCUCCUUGGUGAUCAAGACUGUCAUCGCCCUGACUCCGGAGCUCAAAGUUUUCUACCAAUCAGACAUUCCUACAGGGAGGCCAGGGCCCACCUGCUUCCAGAUUCUAGGCUUUGACAUCCUUCUGAUGAAAAACCUGAAGCCUAUGCUCCUGGAAGUGAAUGCAAACCCCAGCAUGAGGAUUGAGCAUGAAUACGAGCUCUCUCCAGGGGUGUUUGAAAAUAUCCCCAGCCUGGUGGAUGAAGAGGUGAAGGUGGCCGUGAUCAGAGACACACUGCGCCUCAUGAAUCCUCUGAAGAAGAAAAAGAAGGAGAUGCACUUUCCAGAUAUCUGUAUGGACAGAAAACACAGAAUCCCUGCAGUUUCUGACAGAAUGUCUUCAUCGAAGCUUAAGGGCUCCUCGCUUUUCGUAGCCAGGUCUCAGCAUCCUGGAAAGCCUUUCGCCGGGAAGGAAGAUCGGGACUGUGACCUGACCGGUGAUCCUGACUCCAACCCCGAGGCCCACCUGCCCUCCAUUUGCCUCAAGCAGGUGUUCCCCAAAUAUGCCAAGCAGUUCAACUAUCUACGCCUGGUAGACAGAAUGGCCAAUUUGUUUAUCCGAUUCCUGGGAAUCAAGGGGACAAUGAAGUUGGGACCAACUGGCUUUCGGACCUUCAUAAGGAACUGCAAGCUGAGUAGCAGCAGCCUGUCCAUGGCUGCAGUGGACAUCCUCUACAUCGACAUCACAAGGAGGUGGAACUCCAUGGCCCUGGACCAGCGGGACUCAGGGAUGUGUCUGCAGGCAUUUGUCGAGGCUUUCUUCUUCCUGGCCCAGAGGAAGUUCAAGCUGUUGCCUCUGCAUGAGCAGGUGGCCUCCUUGAUCGACCUGUGUGAAUACCACCUGUCUCUGCUGGAUGAGAAGCGCUUGGUGUGUGGCCGGGGCCGGCGCCCCCAAAGCAGUCCUCCUCAGGAGACCAACCCCACAACCCAGUCAGCCGCAGACAGCCCUGCACCCCGCAUAAUCGGUGCUAAUAAGCUGUCUCACUCUAGACACGCUCUGUCCUGAAGGCCCCCCUGCCGUCCUGGAAGAAGGUGUGCACUCGGAGGCUGAGUACCCUGGGCUGCCCUGAUCUGUGGGGUGCCAUCAGGGUCCCAGCUGCAAUGGCUGGGAGUCCUCUGUGUUCUGCAGGGCUCUCACCUCACAUGGCUAAUUCUUGCCCACCCUCCUCCCAGCGCCUCAUGACCCACCGUGUUUGUGAGUCAUCAGUAGACAUAUGACAUCUGAGCUGUGACAGAUGGCACCUAUUAUUCCGGGUUCCUGGGAAGCACCAACUGGGCAGUUCUUUUGUGCUUGGGGCCACAGAGGAGUGGAGGAUGGGAGAAAGGACAGACCAUCUCAAAGCGAGGAACCGUGGGUGCGAGGUCACACCUGCGGUCUGCUGGGGCCUCCGCGAGCCUGCUGGUCGGAGCUCAGGAUCGAAGCAUCGCUUUCCUUCCACCUGUCCUCUGAAAGAAGUAGAUUAUCAAGAUGGCGGACACCCCAAUCAUGUGCUAUAUGGGUGUACUUAACAGAGUAACCUCACUUAUUUCAUUAACUUGCCUGUCGCUGCAGUGAUUGAUUUAUUACUAAUUAAGAAAUAACAAGUUCUUCAGUCUCCCCAUCCAGGUUCCAGGGGAACCCUGCAAAAGUGGGGUGCUGACCCAAUGACCAAGAGCCGCUGUGUAUGCAUCCGGCACUGUGCUGUCAGCGCUGAGGGGAGAACGUAAGGCCCAGAGGAGAGGCGGGACAAGAAUUGUGUGCAGAGGGCAUGGGGACCUGGACCUGAGCAAUCAGUGUUCUCAGAUGCUCUACUGUGGGGAUCCUGUUGACCAGCCGCGCGCGGGAGCUGUACAGGGUCUAUUAAACAGAGCUUUAACUUGACACAUUCUCAAAAUGAGUCUUCAGAAAGUGCUCGCCAACAUGGAGCCGAGGGGAAAAGGGUUCAAAGGUAGAGCUGCAGCCAUGUUGAGGUGAUAUAAAAAAUGCCAGCACCCACGGUGAGAGAUGGCCUCUCUAUGGUGCACAGUCAUCUAGAGGUAGGUCACCGUUGGUCCCCUGGUUACAGAGCCGCUCAGUCUGUAGCACAAGCCCUUGGGAGGCUCCACACCCCUGGGGAUUUGACUCUAUAGUGAUGAUUGGGAAAGCCCUUUGCGGACAAGUUGCCCCCCAAUACUUUCAGAAUUGAGAGUGCACACUAGGAGACUUCUGUCCCCACCCCAGUUUUCCAGAGAUACUACUACCUUUACUCACUUUGUGACCAGCCCCUCACUUUUUGCAGGCUGUGGCUGAGAUGAAAGUAAUCCAGCUGGCUCCUUCCUCCUGCAGGGAAGGAGUUGCCAGAGAGCCCAUCCAGGCCCAGGGACCUCUGCUGAGUGCUGCAGGCUCUGUGACUGGCUGGGGUCUUAGUCUCUUCUGUAGAGGCCCCCUGAGAACCAUGGCCCCCAGGGAGGUCCCAGCCUUCAGACUGGAUUCAGCUUUUCAUCUGGUGGAGGCUGGGACCGUGACCCUCAGCCUAGCCAGGAGUCUACAAGGACAUAGUGGGCAUUCGAGGGUCCAGUGGAGCUGUUGAAAUGCUGGUCCUGCCAGAUGCCCAUCUCAUCCCUCCUCUGGCAGAACAGGGCCUCCUGGAGCCUCCUGGCGGCCUGGUGGGGGCUGUGUGUCUCCCCUUAUGUUAUCCCAGGGAACUCUCUGUUGUCUUCUUAGUUUAGCCCUCAGCAAGUCUCUCCCAGAUAGAGUCAUGCCUCUGCCCCCAUACUCCUCGGCCCCUCCCUCCCUAGCUUCUGGGAGGGAGCAAGACCACAGGGAGCCCACAAAUCCCUGCUGAAAGUGUCCCCAGUCAAGGACCUUGAGAUCAAGCUUCUCCCUCUCUUCUCUAGAAGCUGCAAGGACCCCAUAGGCCUGGUUUUACCUUCUGGAUUCCUAGUGCUCCUAGAACCUGUGGCCAGGGAAACAAUGAGCCACUGACAGGAAGACCCUGGCAGGCCGCUGCCCCCAACUCCCCACCCUGCACUUGCUGCUACCACUACCUGGUCCAGUCAGAGCCCUAUGGCCAGUAGCAAACAACUUCUGGAGAGGCUCGGUUCUAGAGCCCGCUGCAGCUCACCCCAGCCCAUUCCCUUCCCCCUCACAGAAAGGACUGCCUCUUCCAUAUAUGCCCAGGAAUGCAGAGAGUCCCCUUUGCAGUGCUUACCCGUGGGAACCCAGCUGUGUCUUCAGGGCCAGCAUGGGCUGUUGGAUCCAGGUCAGCUGCUAAGGGGCAGAGAUGCUUGCUGAAGUGGCAGCAAAGAGCAGUUCUAGGUGAGGAGACACGCGCCCUCUCUCCAUGUGCUGUGGAUGCCCUUAGGAACCAUGGUUUUCUAAGCUUCGCCGAGCUAUUUGGCUGAACAUCCCCAGAUUCCCAAUUGGCUGAUCCCGUUCCUGGGCAUGGUAGCUGUCCCGUGACCCCAGGAGUAAACAGUGGCUUUGCUGAUCCUUGAGUCUCUCCACAGCCAGAUUCCACGUGACCUUCAGCUCAGGACCUAGGCCUAUCCCUGAGCGGGCACCCCCUCUCCUUCAGCCCUGGACUCCAACGGUAUCCACCCUGCCUCCCGUCUGAGGUCACAGCACACAUUCGGAGACGGUGGUGUGCUAUGAUUGCAGCUAGUCAGGAAGGAGCUGGACAAGUGUGUGAGAAACAUUCCAGCCUCACUAGAUUAUUCGAGAAACUCCUUUUCCUGUGUGGAUGAACCUGUUCUCAGUGUUCCACAGUUCAAAGGGAUCUCUUCAAUUUCUCUUAUUGUCUGAUCUUCCAAACUGCCCAGUGAAACACAGGGACCAUCACUAGUUCUGACACCUGUCCAAAGCCCGGUUGAGCAGACACUGCAGCCUGUGUGGCAGGGAAGCUGCAUGUUGCAUCAGAGUACACCUGGGGAGUCUAGGGACUUGGAGCCUUCCAGCUUAUUCUUCUGACCCCGAAGCCCACGAAGCCUGUAAGGACUCCAGGUCCUCAACCACCCAAAUGUGGGUGAUGUCUUCUCUCAGAAUUUUGGGGACAUUAGGCAAGAUGAUGACAAGCUUCCUUGAAUAAUGUUCAGGGAGAUGGACGAAGCCAAGACAACCCACCCCUGCUGCCUCUUAUCUGCACACAUCUGAAGACGCUCACAGGCUGGGAAAUGCCGUGCCUCAGAUGUCUGGACUCGGCCUUGUGGUUGGCAGAGAACUACUCCAACAUGGAUCACACCCACACGCUCUCCCCGCCACGUUCAUUCCUUGAUUAGUUCCUUUAUUCCUCAGCUCUGUGAGACUGGACUGGCUUUGGGUGCCUUCUCUUGAAGCUCAGGACUCACGAGCCCUCGUCUGGGAGCUGUGUUCCCAGAGGCAGAGAGCUGCCCAUGCUCAAUGAGGGAAAUUCACCAGUGAGCAGUGUAGCCUGAAACCUGCCUAACCUCCAUUGAUAAUUUAGCCACUCUCCCAAUUCAACUGAUGAAUGUGAAUGAAAUUUUCCCACAAUUUCUCACAAACAAUGCAUUUUUUUCUUGUUCUCAGAGACAAAAGAAAUUCUGCAGAAUACUUUCCAGUUGUCUCCUCUGAUAACCAAAAGUCUUGCUUUCGCUUUAACUGGAAAAAACACACUGCCUCUGUUUACACUAACACAUGCAUACACACACACACAUGUACACACACAUGCACACACACACGCACACACAAGCACACACACACACACACACUGAGCUCCAGCAUAAAAUGACAAAGUCACUAAUGUUUUCCUUGUUUUUGGCUUUUUGCUUCUGAGAGUGAUUUGGAAAACAGGCUCUUUGUGGCUCUGUGUCGCAAACCCUGCUUACACAGAAGUGCCUGGAAAGGCGGAGCAUUUAUAGACUCGGGCCAGGGCUGUGGGCCGAAGGAACCAUCCAGACUCCCCCAAGCCUCAGAUGGGCUGUAGAGAUAUUUUCCCUGUUUCACAUCAGAACGGAGAAGCCAAAGGAGUCCCUGUCCCCUCUGAAAGGACCAGAGGCUUUGGAAGUCUGAUGUGAGGGUGAACUUGCUUGGCCAUGGAUGGGUGACUUUCCUUCCUGACACCCGUCCCUCUUCUGUGCAGCAGAGAUCAUGUCAAAAUAGACCCAAAGAGCCUGGCAUGAGACUUGGCACCUGGGAAGUGUCUUCACAAUGUCUGUUGAGGAAAGGUAUGGUCUCCAUAUGCUGAAAUCAACAGAUACCAGGAAACACCGCUGCCAGGCCAGGAGCCCUGGCAGGAGAGGCUCCUGGAAGUCUGCUGAAGCCUCGCUUCCCCCUCCCCCUGCCACUCCCACCUCUUAAAAGCCUUUCAAAAUUCUUUAUUAAAUUUUCAUGGCGCAUGUAGUCAAGGCUCUGUUACAGCCUCAGUUGUCUUGGUAACUUUGUAAAAUGCAGUAAUAAAAUGAAGCCAAGUGCCGCU